GUUGGCGACCUGCAGUGCUGGAUGAUCCUUUGGUGGCAGGCUCAGCCGCUUUCCAUGAUUAGCUGUGAGACCCGUCGGUUUCGGGUGAAUUUCUAGCUUCGAAAAAAAUAAUGGGCAUCUCCAGCAGCAGUAUUGGAGAGCUGCAUAAAAACGAAUACCUGCAGAGGUUUGCCGGUAAAGAGCACAUCUCUCCCAAUGACCCCUUCUGGAAUCAACUCCUCUCCUUCACUUUUCGCCCUCCUUAUACCAGUAGUGACUAUCGCCUUCUUGAGGAGAGCACACAUGAACUAUGCAAGUCCUUGUUGACCAAUAACAACCAGUCUGGGAAUUUUGCAUCACUUGUGCAGGUGUUUCUCAUGAGGUCUCAUGAAUUAAAGGCAUCUGCUCAGUGCCAUGGGAACAUUUUCCUAUGGCAUAUGCACAAUGUUCUCUUCAUCCUCAGAAGUGUGAUUAAGUAUUUCCUGGAAAGCAUUACAGAAGAAGAUUUUGUUGAACAGUUUAGAAUGCAACAAAAGGAUUCUGAGGACUUAAGAGGAAGUCAAGGACCAGCCCAUCUUUUGGAGCCUUUCAUGAAUGGAUUGGUGGAAUUGAUGGUAGAUGUCCCCAUCAUGGAUAUCACCUACAGUUUGCACUUGGAGGCUGCCCAUUCCCUUCUUGUUCUCUUCUCCGUUCAGUUGUAUCUCUCCAAGCCUGCCUAUCAGUCCAUCAUCUACAGGACAAUGAUGGCAGGUCGCUGUAGCAUCCAUGCUGGCCUUUUAAUGAAGCAUCUGCUGGGGAAUUACCUGGCCCAGCUGCCACUACCUCCCCAUAUUGUAAGUGAGGAAUCAGGAGGUUCCAUCAUCCUUGGCCUUGCUUCAGGACUUUGGAGUGUUCUCACCCUGGGCUACAGCAAAGUUGCUCCCCAUACUCCCAAGAAAGGGGAUGGCAAAGACUCCAUACCUGCUGCCCCCCUUGCUGAACAAAGCCUCCUUCUCAUUCUGGUCUUGAGUAACCACUGUACCAGUGACAAGUCUCUGCCCAACCCGUACAGACAGGCAUUGCUCUCCUUCACUGAUUCAAAAGCUUCUGGAAUGGAAGCACCACACACCCAAGCAGUGGCCACAUUUCGCAUGGACUAUGCAGCUCUGUAUGACACCCUCUGUUCGGGCCUGAAAUCUGACCAGGCAACACUCCUCCUCUAUCUCCUCCUCCAUCGGAAUCCACACUUUCGAACAUUUGUUCUUGCCCGCACCGAUGUGGAACGUCUGGUCCUACCUCUCCUUGAGACCCUGUACAAGGCCGGUGACCACAACUCUCACCACAUAUACAUGGCCCUCAUUGUCCUCCUCAUUCUGAGUGAGGACGAUCCUUUCAACAGCAUUGUGCAUGAUAUCAUCUUGAACAACAUUGAAUGGUACACAGAACGGAGUAUCCCUCGCAUCUCUCUGGGAGGACUCCUUGUCCUUGUUGUCAUUCGCACCAUUCAGUACAACCUCACAAAGAUGAGGGACAAGUACCUGCACACAAAUUGCUUAGCUGCUUUGGCCAACAUGUCAUCUCAGUUUCGGAACCUUCAUCCGUAUGUCUGUCAGCGUUUGGCAUCACUGCUAGCUCUUCUUUCCAAGAAACGCUCCAAGCUACUUCAGUUGAUUCCAGCAAGGCAGCAGAUGCUACCUAAUCAUCAUCUGCAGGAUCAAGAGGCCAAGGAUGGAGCUGAUCCUCAUGUCAUCACAGUGAAUGGAACUACUGAAGAUGAGAGUCUUGCUGAGAUGGUGCAGGAUCUAUGUGUUCUGGAAGAAGUGAUUCGCAUGCUGUUGGAGAUCCUGAAUUCCACAUUGACCUAUCAGCUAGCCCAUAACACAGACCUCAUCUAUACUCUCCUUUACCGGCGAGACAUGUUUGAGCCAUUUCGUUCUCAUGCUGCCUUUCAGGACAUCACUCACAACAUUGAUAUGGUGCUGAGUUACUUUUCGAGUCGUUUGGAACCAUUUGGUCAGCAACUGGGAGUGAGUGAUGUCCAGAGGAUCAUUGCUGAGGCUGUUCAGACCUGGCACAGGGAAAGACUUAAGAAAUUCCCUGAGCUGAAAUUCAAAUAUGUGGAAGAGGAAGAACCAGAAGACUACUUCAUUCCUUACAUUUGGUCUCUGAUCUUCCAUCAUGCCAUGCUCUACUGGAAUCCACAGCACUUUCUCCUCUUUAGUCCCUCCAAGACAGAUGGUGCGGAGAACAAGGGAUUGGCGCUGCAGGAGACAAAGGGCUACACCAUCCAAUCAUUAGCCUGUGUUGCCUAUCAGAUCAACAGCCUGGCCUACAAUUUCCUGAAGAUGUUGGAUGCCCAGCAGACCCAACUCCUUCAAAUGGAGAGUGACAUGAACCACAUUGCCCAGCAAGUGAUGAUCCACAAGGAGAAGGUGGCACGUAGAGAGAUUGGGGUUUUGACCACAAACAAGAGCUCAUCGCGUCAGUUUAAGAUUGUUGCCCCAGCGAACCAGGAGCGGCCCAUCAAGUAUGUCCGCAAGCCCAUCGAUUACACAGCAUUGGAUGAAAUAGGACAUGGUCUUCGGAACAUGGGAAGCACAGGGACAACCCCUCGUUCCCGCCGUUCUAGCAACAAUCAGAUGGGGAUAGCUGCUGGUCCAGCUCCCAAUACCAAGCCUCCCACUCCUCCUCAGGGCAUUCGGACCCCUGGUGGCACCCUCGUCAAGCGGGGUUCUGACUACAAGACCCCUCCUGCUGUUGCUCCUCCUCAGGUCCCAACACACUAUGCCCCCAACUAUGGUCUGGCACGGCAGGGUAGAUUGGGAAGUGACCGGAGCAGUGGUAGUGGGUACAGCACCCUCCCAAUGCAUCUGCAGAACAAUGUUGUUGGGAACCAACAUCAUGGACAUGUUGGUGUUGUUCAUCCCAGCAACACGGUGGGACGGCAUUCUGGAUAUGCAUCUGGCAUGAGCAUGAAUCAACAGGGACCACACAUUCAUAACCCUCCUCCCCCCCAGAGCAUUACAAUGCCACCCCCACCAAGUCCACUGCCACCAAUGGCAGGGGGAGGUGUGGACAUGCGUGGAUCCCCACCACUUCCACCCCCUCCUGGAACAGGAGACGAACAGCCCUAUGCACCAGGAAGGGUUGUACAGACCAAACCUCCUGACUGGGUCCCUCGAAACUACAUUGAAAAGGUGGUUGCAAUCUAUGACUACAUGGCUGACAAGGAGGAUGAGCUGAGCUUCCCAGAGAAUGCUGUCAUCUAUGUGCUGAAGAAGAACGACGAUGGAUGGUGGGAGGGUGUGAUGAAUGGUGUCCAGGGACUUUUCCCAGGGAAUUAUGGAGAUGAGUUGCUGCUCCCAAUUGACAUCCAAAUAGGGAAAUUGCAGGACUGGCUGGCUAGUCGCCGACAUGUGAAUCAUGGCUGGCAGAGUAAAGUCCUUGAGAUUCGCAAGAAGAUCAACAAUGCCAUCCAGGACAUGCCGGCUCACCCUGACAUCACCAGGCUCCUCUCCGGCACCUACAUCAAUUAUUUCCAUUGUCAGAAGAUAGUGGAGAUCCUGAAAGAGACAGAAAAGGACUCGAGGAAUUUCCUUGGUUAUUAUUCCUCACAGCGGAUGAAGGACUGGCAGGAAGUGGUGCGAAUGUACGAAAAAGAGAAUUUGUACUUGGCUGAGGCAGCACAGAUCCUGGCCCGCACCAUCCAGUAUGACAUCCCUAGCCUCCGCAAACAGAUUGCCAAGUGUGAACAGAUUCAGCAGGACUGCAAAGGAAUCAAUGGGCUACUCCCUCAUCAGGAAUGCGAGAGGAAGGAGACUGAGUAUGAGAAGAGCAAAGAAAGCCUGCGGUCUCAGUAUCAAAAGAGCUGCAAGCAGAUGGGGAUCCCAGGGGAGAACAUUCGUAAGGAACUGGUGGAUCUGGUGACUGGUCUUCCAGUGACUCUGGAUGCCCUGGCCAAGGAUUCCAAGUCUUUCAAAGAAGCAGUGGCCUAUUAUGCAGCCAUGGUGGAGUUUACCCUCAGGGGUCCUCCACCUACUCCUUGUCUGCCCCUCCUCUCCUACAUCAUGGAGCAUGGGAACGUGACGACAUAUGAGUGGCGAUAUGGAGAACCUCCACUGUCGAUUGAGGAGCCUCACCUAGAGUUACCAGAUGAGGAAGUAAUGAGAGGGAACACAGAAACCAAUAAUGAUGAGGGUGAAAUUGACUUUGGAGGUAUAGAUGCACCUGAUUCACUUGGAGAGGAUGCUGGUCUACAAGUUGCAAAGCAUCUGCAUUCUACUGAUACAGGAGAGAUAGACUGGGGAUUGGUAAGUGUGGAAGGUGAUGGGAGUGGAGAUGCUUUGGGGAUCGAUUGGGAAGUUGUAGUCGAGACCAAAGAGAUCACAGUGGAGGAGCAGGGCAUGGAAGGUGGGGUGGCUCGGGAUUCAGAGGCUCUUGCCCUCCUUGACAAUCCCACCACUCGAGGCAUCUUCCUCGAUGAACUUUAUGAGUUGGAAAUGUUCCUGGUGCAGCGGUUGCAAGAAUUGCAGUCAGAAGGGAGUGUGGUGGCCCUGUCCCAGUUCCAAUCUGCUCCUCAAAUUGUCCAGAUGCAGAGUCAGGCAAAUGUGGAAAAGAUGCUCUGCCAGGUCAAAGACUUGAUUGCUCGUCUCACCAACACCCAGAUUCAGCACCUAUUCCGCAUCAAGUCCUCUCCUAGAUAUGUGGAGCAAUUGAGAAAGAGCUUGGUGCAGAGAUUGGAGCUAGCAGAGAAAAUGGAAGAAAUGAUCAAGGCUGUACAAGAACGUAGCCUCAAAAGUUCCAAGGAGCAUGCAGUGCUUCUACCACAACUAAGUGUCAUCCUUCAGAAAACAUCUGACUUCCAAAGACAGAUUGAAGAGGAAAUCUCCAAAAAAUACAAGGGAAGACCAGUCCAUCUGAUGGGAGGGGUGACAGCCUCUUGACCAAUGACUGAAAUGCCUUAUGGUGGUGGAUCUUAUCAUUCCUUCUCAAUUCUUCUUGAAGAAAAUGUUGUGUUUUCCUGGAGUCUUAUUUUGCAAAAUGAAAAACUUAUCAGAGA